AUGCUCAGGUUUCUGGUGUUGACAACUCUCGCAGCCGUGGCGCUGGCCCACCUGGAGCCCCAGCCCAGGUUUAUGGAGGACAUGCCAAGGGUCGUGGGAGGUGAGGUGGCCAAACCCAACUCCUGGCCCUGGCAGAUCUCUCUUCAGUACAAAUCUGGUAGCAGAUACUACCACACAUGUGGAGGAACCCUGAUUGAGAGAGGCUGGGUUAUGACUGCUGCUCACUGCGUGGACAGCAACAGGACGUGGCGUGUCGUUGCCGGUGAGCAUGACCUCAACAAGGACAGCGUCGACGGCGAUGAGCAGAUCCUGGCUGUCAGAACUGUUUUCAUCCACCCCGGUUGGGAUUCUGGCAGAGUGUCUGCUGGGUACGACAUUGCCCUGCUGCGCUUGUCCACUGAGGCCAAGCUGAACUCUAAGGUCAUGCUGGGCUCUCUGCCUCCCGCCGACCAGAUUCUGCCCAACAACAAUUUCUGCUACAUCACCGGAUGGGGACGUGUUGCCACUGGUGGCAGUCUGUCCCCCCAGCUGAAGCAGGCCUACCUUCCUGUGGUUGACCACCAGACCUGCACAAGCCCUGGCUGGUGGGGAAGCACUGUCAAGACCACCAUGGUGUGUGCUGGUGGUGCUGCUGAGGCUGGAUGCAAUGGUGACUCUGGUGGCCCUCUGAACUGUCUGGUUGAUGGACAAUACCACGUCCACGGUAUUGCCAGCUUUGUGUCUGGUUAUGGCUGUGACACUCGCCAGAAGCCCACUGUCUUCACCCGCGUCUCUGCCUACAUCGACUGGAUGGACAUGGUGAUGCCGGCUGAGUUGGAGGUUCAGUCCAGCUACAAGAAGGGAAGCACUGCAGGCUGUGGGAGCUCUCUUCUGAGGUCUCCCAGACACUCUUAUGUGAAACUGGCCAUUCUGCCUCUUUUCACUGGUGGAGGAAUGCCCAGCAGAAUGAGGCAGGCUUACCUUCCUAUUGUCGACCACACGACCUACAUCAGCUCCGGCUGGUGGGAAAGCAGUCAAGGCCACAAGAUCUGUCCUGGAGAAGACACCCAGUCAGGAUGCAACAUGGGUCUGCUGAUAUGA